GUAAGAUCGGGGCGAGACUUAAUCUGAUUGGUCAACGUAACGAGUUUACGUGCAGUGGUUGGGUCGCAGAAAGACAGGCGGAACCAGAAGAGGAAGCUUCGUGGUCGGCGCUCAGAAACGUAGCAGGCACCCCUUGCUGGAGCUGCGGCUCUGUUGCCCUACCUCAGCACCUUACUCCAUGGCAGUUCCCGAGACCCGCCCCAACCACACUAUUUAUAUCAAUAACCUCAAUGAGAAGAUCAAGAAGGAUGAGCUGAAGAAGUCGCUGUACGCCAUCUUCUCCCAGUUUGGCCAGAUCUUGGAUAUCCUGGUGUCACGGAGCCUGAAGAUGAGGGGCCAGGCCUUUGUCAUCUUCAAGGAAGUCAGCAGCGCCACCAAUGCCUUGCGCUCCAUGCAGGGUUUCCCCUUCUACGACAAACCCAUGCGUAUCCAGUACGCCAAGACUGACUCGGAUAUCAUUGCUAAGAUGAAGGGCACCUUCGUGGAGCGGGACCGCAAGCGAGAGAAGAGGAAGCCCAAGAGCCAGGAGACCCCAGCUGCCAAGAAGGCCGUGCAGGGCGGGGCCGCUGCCCCAGUGGUUGGGGCUGUCCCAGGGCCUGUCCCAGGCAUGCCACCGAUGACGCAGGCGCCCCGCAUCAUGCACCACAUGCCAGGCCAGCCUCCCUACAUGCCGCCCCCUGGCAUGAUCCCGCCGCCAGGACUCGCACCCGGCCAGAUCCCACCAGGGGCCAUGCCACCACAGCAGCUUAUGCCGGGCCAGAUGCCACCUGCCCAGCCUCUUUCGGAAAACCCACCAAAUCACAUCUUGUUCCUCACCAACUUGCCGGAGGAGACCAACGAGCUCAUGCUGUCCAUGCUUUUCAACCAGUUCCCUGGCUUCAAGGAGGUCCGGCUGGUCCCUGGGCGGCAUGACAUUGCCUUUGUGGAGUUUGACAAUGAGGUGCAGGCAGGAGCUGCCCGCGACGCCCUGCAGGGCUUCAAGAUCACGCAGAACAACGCCAUGAAGAUCUCCUUUGCCAAGAAGUAGCGCCUUUCCCCCUCCUGUCCCUGCCCCCUGUUUGGGAGUCUCCCCUCUUCCCUUUGGCCCAGCCCCCUGAAGGUAAGUCCCCCUCGGGGGCCUUCUUGGAGCUGUGUGUUUGAGUGAGUGGUCACACAGCAUUGUACCCAGAGUCUGUCCCAGACAUUGCACCUGGCGCUGUUAGGCUGGAAUUAAAGUGUUUUUUUGAUGUUGGGUUUUUCACAA